CGGUCACAUGAUCUUUGGAUGUUCGCCGUCACAUCCAGCCGCUGAUGGUGUCGAAUGGUCCACUUCGAGUGUAACCACAGGCUAGCAGAUAGAGAAACAAUGGAUUUUAACGUGAAAAAAUUAGCCUCCGGUGCUGGAGUGUUUUUCACACGAGCUGUUCAGUUCACAGAGGAGAAACUGGGCCAGGCGGAGAAGACUGAGUUGGAUGCUCACCUUGAGAACCUGAUGAGCCGCGCAGACUGCACCAAACACUGGACUGAGAGAAUCUACAGGCAGACUGAGGUCCUGCUGCAGCCCAACCCAAGUGCCAGAAUUGAGGAGUUUCUCUAUGAAAAAUUGGACAGGAAGGUACCAUCCAGAAUUACCAAUGGCGAGCUUUUGGGUCACUAUAUGCAAGAUGCAGCCAAGGAAUUUGGUCCUGGAACUCCAUAUGGAAGUACUUUGAUAGAGGUGGGGGAAUGUGAGAGACGAUUAGGAGCGGCAGAGAGGGAGUUCCUCCAGACAUCAGCCAUCAGCUUUCUUACCCCUCUCAGGAAUUUUCUGGAAGGAGACUGGAGGACCAUUUCAAAAGAACGGCGUCUUCUGGAGAACCUUCGCCUGGAUCUGGAUGCCUGUAAAACACGUCUGAAGAAGGCCAAGGUGGCUGAGGCAAAGGCUGCAAUGGCUCCAGAUUUUCAGGAGACCAGACCUCGCAACUAUGUGCUUUCCGCCAGUGCCUCUGCGCUCUGGACUGAGGAAGUGGACAAAGCUGAACAUGAGCUCCGAGUGGCCCAAACAGAAUUUGACCGCCAAGCAGAGGUUACACGGCUGCUUUUGGAGGGCAUCAGUAGUACACAUGUGAACCACUUGCGCUGCCUGCAUGAGUUUGUGGAGGCCCAAGCAGCUUACUAUAAACGGUGUCAUCUCCACAUGCAAGAACUACAGAAAGAACUGGGAAGGCUUCCCAAUACUUUUGCCCUGAACUCCUCUCACUCCAUGGCUGCUGCUGGCUCUGCAUCAGAAGACACCAGCAGCCCUGUGGAGACAGACACGCUCAAGAUUGAGGAAGUUCAGGCGCCAGCUACGGGAACCCGCAAAGCCAAAGUCCUUUAUGAUUAUGAUGCUGCUGACUCCAGUGAGCUCUCCCUUUUAGCUGACGAGCUCAUUACGGUUUACACAGUGCCAGGAAUGGACUCUGAUUGGCUGAUUGGAGAGAGAGGAAACCAAAAAGGAAAAGUGCCUGUCACCUACCUGGAGCUGCUCAGCUAAAGAAUACACAUGAACAAAUGCAGUCACUCACACACAUACACACGCAUGUGUGUGAGUGUGUACUACUAAAGCCAUGAGGAUAUUUUAUUCACUGAAAUUAAUUUCACACUCUUCACUAAGCUGUGACCUGCAAUAGCACAUCUUCACUGUAAGCAUUAGCAAAUUUAAGUUAAAAACACACACAUACUCAUCCAUGUGCUUCUGAACAGUACAUCGACAUGAGACUGACAGCAGUGAUACUGGAGACAAAGAGUGCAGGAAAAUCCCCAUGUGAUGCUUAACAUUCCUUUAAUAUUUGUUUGGUGAUGACAGAUUUUUUUUUUCUUUUUUUUCCUGCUGUUGUUGUACAUCUCGUUGGUUUUCCAUGGUUGGAUGAAGUUAAUGUGUGACACAUUAACUUCAGUGCAGUUUAUUUAAUAAAAAUAAGAAGUGUCUUUAUUCUCUCCUUAAGCCCCAUUUGUUCAUAAACUAACUGAUGGAAACAAAUUCAAGAGUUAGGUGCGCCUCUAAAAUAUGAAUUCACCAUGAUGCCCAGAAAUACUUUUGAGCCAUAUCUGUGCAAUUAUGCUUCAGAGUUAGAAGUAUAAGUUUGCACUAAUCUGUCUCUGAGUGAAGAAAUGUUUGAUGAGUUUUACCAGGGAGCGGUACACAUAAUACAAGCAUGCAGUAACACCUGGUUUACUACCCUGGUUAAAGAUAUGAUGUAAAGUCUUAUCUUUUAGUACAGUUCAUCUCAGUGUGGCAGACACUCCUCAUUGAAGAAGUGAAAACAAAUGUGGGUGCCAGACAACAUACUUUUGUGACCACACCGUGACUUCUGGCUCACUUAUUUUGUGUUGACGUGUGAGAUUUCCUGUAAUUACCCGGUGUGGAUGGGGAAACCAUUCAUGUCACGUUAUGAUUUAUUUUAGAUCCAUUAAUAAAUAUGAAACAUGUGACUGCUUCCUAAUUUUUGUGCAGACAUGUGUUCUGUUCUUUCCCUUUCUUCCAUUACGACAUUAACAGAAUUGUAUUUCUUACAUCUUUUUUAUGCUUGGGGGAAGUAUACAUGACAAAGAGCUUACACUUGAGAACAAUAUUUAUCAAACAGAAAAUAAAGGUUUCGUGCAUGUUUUAUUACCCUUAAUUUUUGCCUAACUGCUGAUUGAAUGUAAUUCAAAAACUUCGUGGAUUUUUUUUUUUUUUUUCCCUGCCAUGCCUUUCGAAGAUGUCCCAUCAAAGAAUAUGAACACCUGGGGCCUCAUUUAUAUAUAAAAAAAAAUCUUAGAUCUUCUGAUGGUAUGCUUGAUUCAUUAAAGUUUGAUUCAUUAAAGAUGCUGAGUACAAAAACUUUGCUUAAGAUAUCGCUUCCAGGUUCGAAUCCCGGUCUGGGCCCUUCUAUGUGGAGUUUGCAUGUUCUCCCUGUGCCUGCGUGGGUUUUCUCUGGGUUCUCCGGCUUCCUCCCACAAUACCAAAAACAUGCACAUUAGGUUAACUGGCUACUCUAAAUUGCCCCUAGGUGUGAGUGUGAGAGUGUGUGGUUGUCUGCGAUUGACUGGCGACCAGUCCAGGGUGUACCCCGCCUCUCGCCCGCAGUCAGCUGGGAUAGCCACGCUCUCUUUUCCAGACCAUUCAUUCUCGUUACAUUGCUAUUAAAACUUAUGCAAAGUUCACCAAAGACUUGGAUGCAUAUGGGUCCCAAAUUGCAAUAUCCCUACAUCACCAUCAGGAAAGUCAUGCUAAGACUUUGCUUAGAGAUGAGAUCAUUUCUGCGUUAAAGCAAGGUUUUAUAAUAGCUACUAUACAUGGUUUUCUGCUUAUGUCAUGCUUAAGAUUAAAACUGAUUCCAAAUCUGUUUUAUACGUGAGACCCCCAGGCAGCAAAUAAACACAAACACUCCCAUCCUAACUGCCUUAAGAUAAUGGGAAUGAACUCCCAACAUGUACAAACCAGAGAAUGUGCUCUUCACAACAUUAUGUCCAGAGGCUUAUAAUGUAUACCACAUUUGGCAUGCAAGAUUGAAACUCAUUCUAAUCUCGUGUAUGUGUGAUCUUGGUUUGCCCUUGAGUGUUUUUGGAAUUCAUGACAAUGUAGUCUGUUGCUGUUAUGUCUGUUACUUUAAACUGUCUUAGUGCUGCAUGUGCUGCAGCUGGUAACCUCUCCUGCUGGACGUGUGUGUGUGUGUGUGUGCAUACGACUAUAUGACGCAGCUGUUUGUGUGAGAUCUGGUGCACCAAUUGUAUGCACCAAAACACAUCUACUGUGUAUAUGCAUGCACAUGUCAGUUUUACCAAGCUGAACUCAUGAGUAUUUGUGAAAUGAGCACAGUGUUUGAAAAUGCAAAAAUCUGCCAUCAGAGGAGAAGUGAAUCAGCCCAAAAUCCAGAAAAAAUGCUUUCUUGUUUGCAGUCAGUGGGACAAGCAUGUGAAAGCGGGGUUUGAUAGCUCUUGUUGGCAGAUGAAUGUAGUCCACAUCAUGUAUCCAGCUCUCUUGUGCUCAGUUCACAAAUUUUUGGAGAAUUCUUCUUCACAGAAAUGUUUACUUAUGCUGUUGUGGUUCUGUUUUGCUUUAUCUUGUAUUAACAUUUUAUCACAAUAUGUAUUGCCUGUUCCCUAACCAAGCUGAAUGACUGAAAUAUGUGGGAUUUAAUUAAAAGUCAGGUUUAUUUGAUCUCA